UGUUUCGUGCAGACAGGCUGCACGCGGAGACGAGUAUCGAAAAUCUGAAUUACAUUAGGUACGUGAUUUCGAAAAAUGCUUCUUCGUUGGUGCAAUGAAAGUGCACGAUACCUUCAUGAUUUUCGUCACAAUGGAGUUUCAGCUGUCCAAGCGCUUGACAGAUGCGGGGACCAAGCAUCCUUACGGCCGUGCACGCAAUAGGUCACAAUAGGCCAUGCGAAAACCAACAAAAAUCAUCUGUUCCGCAAAGCAUGGCGCCACACACAUGAUUCGGCGCUACGAACCCCCUGAACCAAGCUUCUCGCUUCUGCCGCAAGAGGCGCCGCCGUCGCACAAACUUUGAUCAAUCUUGCCGGAACUUGCAUUGUCUCUUACGACGAGAGCGGGUACAAACCGUGAUUCGAACCUUCAAAAUAACCGGAGAAAGGAAGAUCGAUCUUGUUCGUCGUUGUCCCCGCAGAAUUCUGCGCGACUCGGAGCGAGAGACACGUUUCGGUGUUUUUUUUUUCUUUGGGAUUCCGUAUGAAAGGAUUCCCCAUCGAGGCGAUAGUACUUCACGUGCGGAUGAUCGAAGACUGCUGGUCUCGAUCUCGACAGAUGUGUCGUGGGUGCUGGUUUUGAAUCGACGUCUCCGCAGCAUUUCUCGCGAAUCUCCCAGUUUCCGCGACGAUUACUUAGCCGUGCGCGACGGAACGAAAAAUCGUGGAAAAAUUGCUGGGCUCGUGACUGCCGAAAAUCGUGCCCCGGAUCAUCGUGGUGGCCGGAGAGUCUUGCUUUCGCAACACGUUCAUCCUCGGACAGAAUGGCUCGUGGGCAACAAAGAAUCCAGUCGCAAGCCAAGGCAGCAGAAAAGGCAGCGAAAGUGAAAAAGCAACAAGGACACAGUGCCAACGACCAGAAAAAAGCAGCACAGAAAGCAUUAGUACACGUAUGCACAGUAUGUAAGGCACAAAUGCCGGACCCAAAGACGUAUAAACAACACUUUGAGAACAAGCACCCGAAGAACGACUUGCCAGAAGACUUAAAGAAUAUAUGAGGGUAGGAUCCCCUGUAACAGUUGAAGACAGGAAACGUGAAAAGAACGAAACUACCGCGAAUAAUGAAAGUGAUACAGUUCAACUGAUCAUUACAUAGUUCCAAUUAAGAGAAUUUAAUUAAACAUUGUUAGCAUUUCAAGUGAACUAUUGCACAUUCGAGAAAUGAAUUUCCGUGCACACUCGCCCCAAAUUGCUGCAACGCUACCGACGACUCGCUCGGAGAACAAAAGUUUCGUUUUCUUCCAAAGAUUUCCAGCACGAAUGCUGAGGGUCUCACUUAAACCAUUAACGUAAUUGAAUAUGUACAUUGCUAAGAAAUAAAGUAAAUCAAUUUAGCAGAAUGAUUCCAAAUAUUUAUAAAUACUUUAAUGAUGCAGGUAGUAAAGCAGUUACCUCAUUUUUCUACGAAUAAGAGAACAAUGCGAACGACGAAACGAAAAGACGAAGAAAACAGAUCGAAUCUAUGGUCUCUGGAUUCAGAUCGUUUGGAUUACAAUACGCUAUCUCCGAACGAAGAACUAACUGUUUCUGUAAAUCGCCUUCUUCAUUGAAACUUUACCGAACGGCAACUCAUUCGAAUUAUGUAGUCUUCGUGUGUCCGAAACAAAAAUGUUGUGAAUAGUACUAGAGAAGAUAAUUUAUAAGGAACAAGAAACUGCCAUUCAAUCUUUGACGAUUAUUCUAUUAAAAUAAGAAUGUUACGAUCGAGACAUCGUGUCGACUUAGUUUAUUAACCGUGAACGUUUCAACAUUGGUUUUUCUUGUUCCUGAGCUUACCAAAUUAUUCAUUGUUAGUUUUUUAAAUGAUUGAAACUGAUACUUAAAUAGUUGAAUAUUCUUUUGUACCGACGAAUCAUCGAAUAACUUUUCUUUGAUCCAUCUAGGUAUAAAUAACAAAAGAACUUAACGACAAUUGCACUGUACAUUCGCUUCCAUUCACAAACCUAUUGUUGCACAAUACGACGCGUUUCCGUUUAGAAAUGCAUUUGUCAGUGUCGAUAAACUGAUUAAGAUUUCUAGGAAUCUCUAGCGUGUACCUAGCUUAGGGAUAAGUUCGUGAAUUAUGUAAUUUGUUCUAACAGAAGAUAAUUAUAAAAUUUUACACCAGAACUUGUAAUUAUAUGUUGUUACCCAAUCGGAA